AUGUUGUCCAGAACAAGCGUCGCCAGGCAGUUUGUCAGAUAUGCCUCUAAGGCCGAAAAGAUUUCUGUGCAGUUAUUGCAAGACUACCAGCCCCUUGGUGUUGCUGGUGAAGUUGUGAGAGUGAAGCCAGCCUUCAUGAGAAACUUUUUGCAUGUGGGAAACAAGGCAUGUUAUAUGGUGGAUGGCCCUAAAAUCCCCGUAGUUCAGAGAAAAAGAGAUGUUGUUUCAGAUAAGCCAAAGAAAAAGACCCCAGACUCGGUUUUGGCUCAGGAGCCACAAGCCAAGAAGGAGAGUGCUCCAGCUUUGUCCUUGGAUGAGUUGUCCAGUUUGUUCACCACCAUGAGAUCCAGCAAGACUAAGAAGAGUUCUGUAGUGGGUUUCCAGACCGAUACUUCUGCUGGCGAUGUUGCUGCAUACUCUUUGGCUGAGCUUGGGGAGUCUCUUCCAGAUACUUUCACAUUGAGUGGAAAGAAAUACCCAAUUACGAGGGAACAACUUGCACAGAGUGUCUUUAACUCUACCGGAAUCGAAGUUCCAUCUUCUGUUAUCAAGGUUGUCGGCGAAAAUGGCACGGCUGUGGAGGAAAUUGUCGAGUCUGGAGUGUACUCGUGGUCGUUCCUGGCUGCCGGAGAUGCCAACAUUUUGAAGAAGAAGCUUAGAGUUCAGUAG